AUUGUAGAUAAAUUAAGACGCAAUAACGUCUGGUUUUUAAAAUAAUUUGAAGAAAAAAAAUUAAAUCUUCCGUCAAUUACCGAGCGUCUUAGUCUAGCUCGGGAUGAAUCGAGUGGAUUCGACUGAUUUCGGGUGAUUUUUCAAAAAGGUUAUGUUUCCCACGUGAGAAAGACCUCUGGACUCAGAAUUCAUUGGUUUAUUUUUCAAAAAUUUUUUAUUGGGAUUAGAGGGAUUUUUUACGGGGCGUGGAGAAUGGUUCGGUAUUUGAUAUAUCUGUCGUAUAUUGGCACUCGGUACAGGGGAGCAGCUAAACAAAUUGGAUGUGAGAGACUUAUGGACAUUGAUACCAUCCAAGGGGCUUUGGAGACAUGUUUGUAUGCGAAUAUUCAACCUAGGAGUAUAAAAAAACCCGUCGUAUACACAUCCAGCAGAACUGAUGCAGGGGUGCAUGCUCUCAAUUCCACUGCCCACGUGGACCUGGAGCACCCGGAGGGGACGAUCUACGACACGGAAAGAAUAAUUCGCAAAUCGAAUUUAUAUUUCGCGAGGUGCGGACAUGAAAUUCGUCUGACGAAAAUUCUUCCUGUUACCGAUGAGUUCAACGCGAGGAGAUCUGCACGGUCGAGGGAAUAUCUGUAUCGUUUUGGAAUAGCCAAGAGGGAUAAUGAGAAUAGGAUACCGAUUGCUGAAUUAGGGAGGUCCUGGCAUGUGCGAGGCGAAAAUAUAGAUAUCGACGCUCUUCGCCGGGCGAUUCCCCUGUUCCUGGGCCGAAAGAACUUCGAAUCUUUCGCAGCGAAGAACCGCACGAAUCGAGAGAUAAGUUACGUUCGAACACUGACAACUUUAAAUCUCGAAGAGAUUCCCUCGUUGAUGCCCCAGGAUCCCCUCUCCGAAAACUUCACCUUCUGGCAGAUAAAUGUCGCAGCCCAGUCCUUCCUCUACAAUCAGGUGCGGAGGAUCGUCGGUGCCCUCAUCGGAGUAGCUUCUGGGACCAUCACAGAACGAGAUAUUAAAUUCAUGCUGCAAGUGCCCAAUAACCAGCACUGGAUCAGUGCACUCCAGAUGGCUCCUCCUCAGGGACUCUAUCUUAAAUCCGUUAAUUAUGACGAGGAAGAGAUGCAGACGAAGUUUAUUAUCCCUCACGUGCCCAAUACCGAAGUACCAAAGAGGAAAAUCUACUCAAUACUCAGUUAAUCGUCAAUUUUCUGCU